AUGGACGAAAACAGCCAGCCUGUGGCUGUGCUGGUCCGCACCGAUGGUGCCCCGAAGACUGUGCCGCCGCUGAUUGUCUUCAGCAGUGUAAACUCUUCAGUGUCAGUUGGACGUGCUGAAAACAAUCAGAUCCCUCUGAAUGACAAAAAGAUCUCCAAGAAUCAUGCACUGCUCACCCUCCGGUCGUGCAAGCGCAAGGGCGCUCAGGAUGGGGAGGCCGGAGGGGUGCGGGCGGGUGCGGGCGUGCAGGCAGUGAUUUUUCUCGGCCAAACUUUGAUUUGUUUUUCUUUUGACACACUUUGUGAUUUCACUCGCCAGGUGAUGAGGCGAGUGUUCAUCAAGGAUUCAUCCACCUUUGGCACCUUUGUGAAUGGCAAGCCGCUCAAAAAGGGUGAGUGGACCAUCCUUCAGGAGGGUGAUGCGAUAGGGCUGCGGAAUCCUCAUGGCAACCCCUCCAAUGGUGAGUACAAGGUUGUAUACCAGGAUGCAAUUGCACUGGUGAAUGGUGCUGUUUACCGUGGUGAGGUGCCGGUGAAAGCGGUUCCGGCUUCGGAGCCGUUGCAGAAGGCGCCGGCCCAGAAGCAAAAGCUGCCGGUGCCCCGCGUGAAGACGGAGAUCGAGGAGAAGCCCGACCGAAGCAAGGUGGCCGUGAAGGCCGAGCCGGAGGCUGGCAGCCCAGCAGGUCAGCCGGAGGCCGGCAGCCCGGUGAGUGAGGUCUCGGGUCCCAAGGCGGCGCCCACCAAGGCAGAACCUCAAGAGGAUGUGAUGAGCCCCUUGUCCGAAGUCAGUGAGGUCUCUGCGCCUGAUGAGGAUGAGAAGACGGAAAAUCUUCCUGUGCCAGGUGCUCUUCCUGUCCCAGGAGCUCCUUUGAUGAUGAUGCCUGGCAUGGGCUUAGUACCUGGCAUGCCUUUUGGUCUACCAGGACUGGUUCCUGGCGCACCCGGCUUCCCUUUGGUGCCUCCCAGCUUCCAGCCAAGCGGCCCAAUGCCCAAUGCCGCAUUGCCUGGUGCGAAGGCAGGUCAAAAUGCCAAGGCUCCAAGCCAAGCAGUAGCAGCCAAGCCUGUGGUGAUGACUAUCGGUGCUGAGUUUGUGGGCAUGCUCAUUGGACGAGGAGGAGAAGUUGUGAAACAGCUCUCAACGGAAAGUGGGGCGAGAAUUGAGAUCUCCAAGACAGAGACUGAAGGUGGCAAGGCAGGCGAGCGUACUGUCUACAUCAGUGGAUUGCAGGACUGUGUCGACAAGGCCAAGAAGCUCAUCGAUGAUGCCAUUGACAAGGCCAAGGAAAGAACCGGCCAGGUGAAUCCGAAUGCCUGCACUCUGAAAGUGCCUCAUGAACUCAUUGGCAUGCUCAUUGGGAGGGGCGGAGAGACCAUCAAGGAGUUGAAGAAGGAAAGUGGCGCCCGGAUUGAUAUCAACAAAGAGCCAGAUGAUGAGGGCUCCCAAGAUCGGCAAGUCCACAUCACUGGGCCUCCAGAGUGUGUGGAGUAUGCCAAGAAGAUGGUGGAGGAGAUGUUGGGCAAGUCCAGGGAGGGCCUGAGGGUCAAAGUGGAGGAUGAUGAAAGGGAUGGAGAUGGGGUUCCCAGUGGAAAUGCUCGUUCCAGUCGUGUGAUCAAGGUGCCAACGCAUAUGAUUGGUGUCCUGAUAGGCCGAGGUGGAGAGACAAUCUCCAAGAUUCAAAAGGACUCGGCUGCUCGAAUUGAGAUCAACAGGGAUGACAAGGAUUCGAAGGAACGCAGUGUGACCAUCACUGGCACAGGAGACAAUGUUGAGAGAGCGAUCCGGGCCAUUGAUGAUGUUCUGGAAAGCUCCGGCAAGGGUCGAAGACGAAGAGAUGCCGAUGCCGAUGAAGGUGCGUUGGUGCCGCUCGAUCGAAAGCCCUCUCCUGUGAAAGACAGCUGGGUUCCUGAGAAGGUCUACAUCGAUGAAGUUGAGAUGCCUUAUAGACCGAACUAUGUUCCUGAGCACGAGGAUGGCUUGCCCACCGACCUGGAAAUUUUUGUCAAAGGCCUUCCAAAGGUCUGUGCCGAGCGCGAUCUGUGGGAGCACCUUUACAGGCUAGGGGCGACUGAUGUGAAGGAGAUUCUCCUCCUGCGUCGCCAGAAGCAACCCAAGGGCAUGGCAUAUGUGGUCUUCAAUCGGCAUGACCAUGCUGUCCUUGCCAAGAACAAGCUCCACAACAUGCCAGCCUCUUCGAUCCCCUGCGGGGGUGAGACACCCAACGAGGACAAGCAACUGCUGCAGGUGCGCUUCUCCGAGUCCGAGCGGUGCAUCAAUGGGCGGAGCAAUGUCUAUGGUGCCGACAUGGCCGUGUUGCUGAUGGGCCCUCGUGGUCGAGCCAUGUUGGAGGUGAAGGAUGCUUCAGGCCUCCGCAAGGUGACGCUCACGGGGCGCAACAUGAAGACCUAUGGCCAAGUGGACGAAGACCCUCGGAUGCAUAUGGUCGUCUAUUACGAGACCGAUGAGGUGACGAAAGCCAUUGAUUUGUGGGGGAAGCAGCUGGGUGAAAUCCAUCGAGAGAUUGUGGAGCGAAGCAAAGGGAAAGGGAAGGGGAAGGGUUGGCCACCUUGGCCUCCCUUUCCGCAUUACCCACGGCCCCAUGGCCAUCCCUAUGCACCUAUGCCGCCUCAUAUGCAUGGGCCUCCAAUGCCCCACAUGCAUCCUCCACCAGAGCCCAUCGUGGAAGCUCCGGUGAUCCUUACUCGUCGGCGGCGGGAGGGUGACGAUGGCUCCGAGAUGAGUCGCGAGAAAGUCAUGGAGGCCACAAGUUUGCGUGGCCGAGAAUUGAGAUGGCAACCUUGGCCGGAUGUGAGCAAGUUCAAUGGGGAGUGGAAGGUCAUCCCUUUGAGAUGGGGCCUUCGUGGUGAGCUUUUUGUUCUUCUUCGCCACCGCGAGUCGGGAGAAACCAAGGUUUGUGCCGCUGAAGUGCAAAAUCCUUUAGAGAAGUGGCCAGUCUUGCACACCAACUCGGGCCCUUCAUCCCCAUCUGCCAAGUAUAAGUCUUUCACCUUCAAUGAACACCUCUUUGUGAUUUCGAUUGACCGGGAGUCCGGCACCUUGAAGGUCUUCCAUGUGCCUGACCCGGGCGCCUCGUGGAAUGUGGCCUUUGAGACGACCCUGCCCGAAGAUCCCCGAGAUCGGCAGGACUUCCCGGUGAGUCGCUUUGCCAAGCUCUGCGUGUUUUACGGAGCCGAUCGGAUACCAUCGAUCAUUGCCGUGGAGCCCAAGGCGCAGGGUGAGCGCCAUUGCUCGGUGUUCCGCAUCAAAGAUCCUGCUGUGGCUUGGACUCCUUGUUCCGAAGCUCCGGCACUGCCGGCCAAGGUGCGGCUUUUGAUGGUCUACACCAAGGCGAGGACACCAAGUCCAGACUUCGAGGCCUGCCUCUUUGCCAUUGCAUCUGGGGAGAUUACCGUUUACCAGGUGCCUUCUGAUCUAGACAAGCCCUGGGUUUCGAUCUCUAGCUUGCCAUUUCCGGAUGACACGCGCCUUAGCUGCAUCUAUGUGCCGGGCAAACCGGAGCCUUUGCUCAUGGCGGGAAGCCCCACGGAAAAGAUGCAGAAGCUGUGCCAUCUGAAUCUGAUGGAAUGGCGCUUAGCCAAGCAAGAUGAGCGGAUGCCUCCACCCAAGGUGCCAGUGGUGGAGGAGAAGUUUAGUCGACCCAUGUCCUCCUUAUGGCCAGACAGCCGGGAAGGGCGAGAUCCACAAACUGUGGUCGCACUGCCUGUGGAUUGCACCGCUGAUUUGGCUGUGAGCCGACAUAGUUGGGUCACCACGCCAAUCUUGCCUCCUGGUGGGGAAAUGGGCCCACCACCGUUGCCUGUGGGACACCGGCCUCCGUUCGAGUACCGUCCAGGCCCACCACCAGGCUUCGAAGGAAGAGGGCCAAGGCCUCCUUUCGAGUUUGCUCCCGGUCCACCUCCUGGCUUCGAUGGACGGCCACCUCGGCCACCCUUUGACUAUCAUCCACCACCUGCCAGGCCACCCUUUGAUGGUCCUCCACCGGGUUUCGGCUACAGGCCACCCUUUGAUCCAGGUCCCCCUCCCGGCUUUGAUGGCGCCGAGCCGCCCACCCACCGGCGGCGCCGGCACCGGCACCGGCGCGGGGAGGGGGAAGGGGAUGGUGAAGGACGAAAACGGCGCAGAGCCGAGAAGGCUGAGAAAGCCGAGAAGGUCGAGAAAAGCGAGAAGGAAGAGAAGGCUGAUGGGGAGGAAGAGGCGGCCGAGCCAAAAGAGUCAAAGAGGUCACGACGGGCCAGCUCCAUGGAUGAGACCAGGAAGUUCGAUGCGAAGGCAUUUAUGCCGAAACGCGUCAACUCCGAGAUCUCGAGGCGAUACGACAUCGACAAGAAUGAGAUCGGAUCUGGCGGCUAUGGUAAGGUCUUCAUUGGCCGCGACAGGAACAUGAAAGACAGACUGGUUGCCAUUAAGAAGGUCAUUAUUUUCGAGGAUGCUAAGAAGAAGGCAUUCCUCCAGGAGGCCCAGAUCAUGAAGGACCUGGACCAUCCGAACAUUUGCAAGCUCUUGGAGACUUACGAGCAGGGCCGCUUUAUGUUCUUCGUGAUGGAGUACUGCGAGGGCCGUGAGGUCUUCGACCGCAUCAUGGAGCAAGGGCUGAUCCAAGAGUCAAUCACCGCGCAGAUCGUCCGGCAGUCGGCGAGCGCGCUCCUGUAUGCACACAAUCGCGGUAUUGCGCAUCGUGAUAUGAAGCCAGAGAACAUCUGCUUUUGCAGUAGAGACGUGACCAACAAUCACGUCAAGCUCAUCGACUGGGGCCUGGGCUUCUACUUUGGCCAGGGCCGAAUGAAUUCGGCGGUUGGCAGCCUCACCUAUGCAGCUCCAGAGGUCUUGGAGGCGAAAGAGAAGCAGGGCUACACAGCAGCUUGCGAUCUAUGGAGCCUGGGGGUAGUGACCUAUGUCAUGCUCUGUGGGAAGCCGCCCUUCUGGGGCAACUACAACGAUCAACUCCGGAGGAUGAAGCGAGAGACCUUUCCAAUGAGCGAUAGCACUUGGCAGCAGAUUUCUCGACCGGCGAAGGAGCUGAUUCGUGGCCUUCUCAGAGCUGAUCCCAAGCAAAGGAUGAAGCUGGAAGAUGUGCUGCGAAACCCUUGGGUCAGGCUCCAGGACACUCCGGGUGGCAUGGACACGCGGAUCGCCAGUCAGGUACUGAACAACCUGCGUCAGUUCAGUCGAACCUCGCAGUUCUUCAGCCUCUGCGUGGCCUCCGUUGCCCGACAGCUGGACCACCGGAACCUGAGAGAUGUUCACAAGGUGUUUUCGGAGAUGGACACCAACGGGGAUGGUGUGCUGGAGCUGCACGAGGUCAAAGAAGGCUUUCAGAAGUUUUUUGGCAAAGACAGCGAACAGGUGAAGGAUGUGGAGCAAGUCUUUCAGAGGCUGGACCUGGAUGGCUCUGGUGUCAUCGAUUACACCGAGUUUUGCGCCGCAGGCAUCGGCGAACGGGUCAUCCUGGAGGAAGACGUGCUCUUUGCAGCCUUCAAAGCUUUUGAUGUCCAGGACGACGAUGGGAGGAUCACCAAAGAGGAGAUCAUGCAGGUUCUGCGAAGUGUGGAUGUCAAUAAGCUGUGGACACCUGAGGUUUGUCAGCAGGUGGCCGAAGAGGUGUUCGCGACCUUCGACCAGAACGGCGACGGCUCCUUGGACUUCCAGGAGUUUGUGAAGCUCAUGAGGGAGUGUGCUUCCAGACAGCAGGCUGGUGACGAGGAAUACGAACCCGAAGAACAAGUUCUCAUCGACGAGCUGGAGAGUGACCUGAAGAUCGGCAAGGCGGACAAGGCUUAUCACAUCCUCACUAAGCUUGACGAUGCGAAGCGCAGUCGCACGCCCACUCACUCCCAAAGUCCGUCCGUGCGCAGUUUUCCGGCCUCCAAGGGGCGGAGAUGA